CGAAAAAAAUUGGACAUCGCAUGGGCGGAGGCCAUGUUCAGGGCUGGGAUCGCAUUCAAUUUCCUGAAUAUAGACACGACACAGUCGUUACGUGCUGUGUACUUGGAGGUGGCGAGCGCGAGGCCGAAGGUGAAGCUCCCGUCGUUCAAUCGCAUGAGGACUGUCAUGUUGGAUGUCAUCUAUCUGAAGAUUCAGAAAGAGGUGUUUUCGUUGACAGCAUGUUGGGACACGUCUGGAUGCACUUUCAUCACUGACGGCUCAACCGACCGCAGGAAUCGGCCAAUGAUGAACUUCUUGGCGGCCGGUGAGCAGGGGGCGAUGCUUGUGGUGACAGUGACAAUGACGGGGAGGAAGAAGAAUGCAACAACAUUGGCGAGGUUGUGGGAGCAGGUGACGAGGGAGAUAGGCUUGAAGUGCAUCAACGCCAUCUGCACCGACAACGCGGAGGUGAACAAGAAGGCGGCCCAGAUCCUAGAAAGACGGAAGGAGAAGGAUCUCCUGCUGAAGGACUUGGCCAACCUGUCGUGGAUCAAGGGCACCGUGAAGACAGCAAACACGAUCGUGAAGUUCAUCAGGAAUCAUCAUGCCACCAAUGAACUGAUGAUGUCCAUUGAUGACACGAAGUCCCUGCUUCGUCCCGCUGAGGUCCGCUUUGGAUCCGUGUACAUGAUGCUGCAACACUUGGAGGACAGAGAGGAUGUCUUGACAGAGAUGGUCGACGGGAAAGAGGCUGCAAAGUGGAGAUCAUUGAGAUGGUCAGGGGAAAAGUUGCGCAGAAAGGAAGACCUUGUCUACUACACGGUGAGGUCUGAGUCUUGGUGGCCAGAGGUGAAGAAGAUUGUCUCCAUCAUGCGGCCUGUGUACGAGUUGCUGAAGAGGAUGGACGCGAAAGGCACCUCUCCAACAAAUCUUGUGGAGUACGACGAGCUCAUCGCUAGGAGGCUAAGAAAUGUUGUGCUGGAGAAGGUCGGGGGCGAGUGGAACAGCAAGGCACAUUCAGACAUCUGGGCGGAUCUGAUGGAGUUCCACAAGGAGCCCGGGAAGCAAGCGCACACUAACUUGGAGCCCGGGAAAGCCCCCAAGAAGCGCAAGGACGAGCACAUGUGGAAAAGGGUUGCGAAGGACGAUGCUUCAAGGUUGACCCCGGCGGCCUGGUGGGCAGCACACGGCGGGGAUGUCCCGGACCUUCAGAAAAUUGCAGUCAAGGUCAUGGGCAUGUGGAGCACUGCCACCCCUGCCGAGCGCAACUGGACGUCCAUGGACUUCGUCCACUCCAAGAGACGGAACAGCCUGUCCCCGGAGUCCUCGAGAAAGAAAGAAGAGGAGGAGAGGAGGAUAAGGACAAUGGCGAAGGCUCCAAGAGGGAGAAUUCCCAAGGACCUUUUUCAAUCAGACUCCAGUGGCAGCAGCGACCUCGAGGACCUCGUGUGGAAGGGCAAGUGUUGGAACGAGUUCUCAUCGGAGGACUGCAGCGAGGAGGGAGGGGAUUCUGAUUUCGAGCUUGACGAGGCUCCAACUGUCCCGGCGACCACAUGUCGGCAGGCGGUGGACACGGAUGUCGAGUUUCUGUUGCACCCCCACGACGAUCCGGACGAGGAGGAGGCCGCACGUGCGAAGGCAAUGGCAGACUGGGAUGCAGAACUUGUGGAGCACCGAAUGCAUGCACAGGAGGCCCGUCGUGCUGCACUCCCUACUCGCAGGGAGAGGGAGAGAAACGCUGCACAACAAAACAAGCACACCGAUGACCCGGCGAAUGAGGUGGACGUGGAGGACGAGGAGAACAUUGCAACGCACACAGAAGAGAAUGUGGCACAACAGCGUGGGGACGAAGGACAGCCGGUGGACGAAUCACGAGCGCAGCAGGGGAUAGGAGUUACCGAGCCAGCGAUGGAGAGGACCCGGCCACAGCAGGAGGAGGCUUCGGAGGCAGGGAAAGAGCAGCCAGUGCGGGGUUUGGUGUAUGUGUGCAGGCCCCGCCCACAUGCGGACCAGGAGAUGGGAGUGGAGGAACAAAAACAAGCGAGCAGGCCGCAAUGAGUGACCACCCGGAGGACCGUCCGAAGGAGCAGCAGGCUGCAGAGGAAAUGGGCACACCCCCGUUCCCUGCACAGAACGAGGCUGUGCAGCAURACAACCUGUGGAAGAGCAGAGCAGGCAGGAAGGGGAAGGUCCACGUGGAAGAUUCCAGAACAGCGCCCCGACGGGGCCCCGGAAGACCCAAAAAAAAAAAAACAGCUGGAAAAUCCCCUAAACGCGACGCGGACGGCGCAAGACACAGGCUCGCAAGAAGGUCAUCGUUAGUGACGAUGACCCAGAUACCGAUGGCAGUGGCCCGCAGU